AUGUGGAAAAGCGCGAAGAACACAGAUGCCCCCACCAACAGACGAUGUUUCUCACUCGUCCAUCAAUACAUUCAGCGUUUUAAUGAGGUGUCUGGCAGCAAGUCAGCCGUCAUCCGGAAAAGAUCUAAGACUCCAGGAGUGAUGAUCACACAGUAUGUAGUCGACAUACCAGAGGGAAAGAGCACCCCAGAUUUUCAGACUAAACCGAUACCAGUAACUAUCAAGGAAGGGAAAGUAGCCAUUUUCAAGGUUGUGGUGAUAGGGGAUCCGAAACCAGAAGUGUCAUGGAGAAGAGCUAAAGGGCCUAUUUCAGACAAGAACAAAUUUCAGAGUAAAUAUGAUGAAUCAACUGGAGAGCAUAUGUUAGAGAUUAUCAAAGUGUCUGGUGCGGAAACAGACACAUACAAAUGCUAUGCUGCCAACGAAUAUGGAAAAGCUGUCUGCUCAACAACAUUAAACGUGAUUGAGGCUUUGAAAAAUCCCUCAGACUUCAGAAAAUUGCUGCGGAGAAGUAAAGUAGAGGGAAAAGCAGAAGGGGAAAAUGAUGAAAGAUUCUGGGAAGCAAUGCUGAAUGCUGACAAGAAAGACUACGAGCGCAUCUGUACCGAGUUUGGUGUUGCAGACUUACAUUUGAUUCUCAAGAAACUGGAAGAGAAGAAGAAGGAGAGGGCGCAAAAUAAGUGUAAGGACGGUGCGAUUCCACAUGAUGAAGUCAGAACAGAGAAUAACAGCCUAUCGAGUGCUGGGAGGACGAAAAAUUCUAAUAUCAAGGGCCUGAUGCAAAAGGGCACGGGGCUCGAUCAGUUUGAUGGAGAGGUCAACCUCCUCGACACCGGGCUGAAUCUGACGGAUAAAGAGGCCGCCCUUCUCUCUACAGAAUUUAAACUUUCCGAUGUGGACUUUGUUAUCAAAAUCCAGGAGCUUAAAGCUAUAGAAAGAGAGGAUGCCCUAUUUGCGUGUGUCCUAACACACCCACUACCCAAGAUCACAUGGAUGGGCAAGGGCAGCACCCUGGAGGAUGGAGAGAAGUACAGCAUAACCGUGUCAGACCACAAACUGAUCCACCGGCUGCUGAUCAAAGACUGCAGCCUGCUGGACAAAGGCAUCUAUUCAGCUGUGGCCGGCAUUACGUCCUGCAGUGCCUGGCUGGUUGUUCAAGCUGAGAGUGACCCUGCAUCGGCCGAGCUGAAGAGAGCUCGUAAAACUGCCUUGGCAAGUGGAGCACUGAUCGACCUUGAGAAGGCGGCCAAAGAGCAACAAAUAAAAAGCCGAGAGGAGAUGGAGAAGAUUUUAGCAGCAGUAAAAGCAAAACACAUGGAAGGACAAGUGAAGGAAGGGAAGUCAAUAACCGCAAGUGGAAGAGAUGGUAAAAUAAGUGCAGUCACUGGAACUGGGAUAAACAGCGGAGCAGAAGCUGAUGUCCUGUCUGAGCAAACAGGGAGCAAUAAGAAAGCCAAGAUCAAAAACUCUAGAGGAAAUGGCACAGAAACUAGAUUAGACGCUUCAGGGUGUGUCACACAAGCAGGAGGGCAACGUACAGGUGACCCUAAGAACAAGAAGCGCAUCAGAUCUGGUCAAGGGGAUUUUGACAAGGUAACAGGGCAAGAUCCAAAUGAACUAGCAAGUGACGCUGAAGCAAGUGACGGUGAUGAGAGUGUGGACUCCACUGGCCAGGUCAAGCAUUCAAGUUGUUCAAAGCAAAGACGGCAACGACAGAAAGCUGUCAGUGGGCAAGAUCCAAAUGAACUAGCAAGUGACGCUGAAGCAAGUGACGGUGAUGAGAGUGUGGACUCCACUGGCCAGGUCAAGCAUUCAAGUUGUUCAAAGCAAAGACGGCAACGACAGAAAGCUGGCAAUGGGCAAGAUCCAAAUGAACUAGCAAGUGACGCUGAAGCAAGUGACGGUGAUGAGAGUGUGGACUCCACUGGCCAGGUCAAGCAUUCAAGUUGUUCAAAGCAAAGAAGGCAACGAGAGAAAGCUGUCAGUGACCACAGUGAGUAUGACGAGACUGAAGACGCAGCUGGCACAGCCAAACAUUCAAGGCGUAAAAGACAAGGCCCGCUGAUAGAAGAUGUGGUGAUUGAUCCAGGGGUUCAUUUCAUCUGUGGUUUGUCUGAUGUCAAUGCCAUCAUCAAUGAGACUGCUGAGUUAACAUGUAAGCUCAGCAGUGAGGACUGCGAGGGAGCCUGGUUCAGAGACGGCAAAAAGAUAUCCCCAGAUGACAAUUUCAUUGUGACUAAAGAUGGUGCGAUCCAUAAAUUAGUCAUAAUCAGGUGCGAGGAAGAGCACUCUGGGAAAUACCGCUUUGAGGCAGAUGGUCGUAAAACAGAUGCGAUGAUCAACGUCAAAGAUCCCCCAAGGUUUGACCCCGAAGAACUCCGUGCUUUCACUGAGCCUGUGACAGUUAAAGUGGGGCACAACGCCAUCUUCAAACUGCAUUUUGUUGGCCAUGAACCAAUAAAGAUUAGGUGGUACAAAGAGGAAGAAGAGCUCCUUGAUGACAACAACACAAAGACAGAGAAAUCUGCAAGUCACAGCCGCUUGCUCCUGAGCAGGUGCCAGAGGAAGGACACGGGAGAGAUCAAGAUUAAGAUCAAGAACGAACAUGGCUUCAUUGAGGCAAUCUCACAGUUAAUUGUGCUUGACAAACCCACUUCACCCCUGGGUCCUGCAGAGGUAGCAGAGAGCUCAGCUAUUUGUAUUGAAUUUAGGUGGAGGCCUCCGAAGGAUGACGGCGGCUCACCGGUGAUUAACUACAUGAUUGAGCGACAGCAGGUGGGCCGAAACACCUGGAAGAAAUUAGGGGAAAUCCCAGGUGUGCCCAGCUAUCGCGAUACAGACGUGGACCAUGGCCGGAAAUAUUGUUACCGUAUCCGGGCAGUUACCGCCGAGGGUACAAGUGAAGUGAUGGAGACAGAUGAAAUGCAAGCUGGCACACUAGCUUUUCCUGGCCCUCCAGCACCUCCAACGGUUGUCAGCGCCUACGACGACUGUGUCAACAUUUCCUGGGUUUCACCGAGUAACACAGGAAGUUCACGUGUCCUGGGCUAUAUCUUAGAGAAACGCAAGAAGGGGAGUAACCUCUGGUCCGUUGUCAAUGCCAUGGAUGAACUGAUAAAAGAGAAGAAAUAUGCAGUGAAAGAUGUUGUGGCAGGAAUCGAAUAUGAGUUCAGGAUCACAGCCAUAAACCUCUCAGGAGUUGGUGAAUUUAGCAACGCCUCAGAGUUUGUUUUUGCACGGGAUCCAAAGAAGCCUCCUGGUAAAGUAACAAACCUGAAGGUGACAGAAACUUCUUACACCCACUUGGUCCUGACUUGGACCAAACCGGAGGAUAAACCAGGGAUACAGGAUGAAGCCAAGGGGUAUUUUGUUGAGAUCCGACCUGCAGAGUGCCUUGAAUGGUCCCGCUGCAAUACCACUGUCAUCAUCACGACUUCUUUCAGCGUGAAGGGCCUCAGGUCCAUGAACAUGUACUGGGUGAGAGUGAUUGCGACCAAUGAUGGAGGAGAAAGUCCUCCCGAGGAGCUGGCUAACUAUGUCCUUGCAAUGCCCUCACCUGUGAGGCCAAAGUUCACAAACCACAAGAUGAAGAGCUUCAUGGUGGUGAGGGCAGGGAACUCUGUCAGGAUCACAGUGAACUUUGAGGCCUCCCCUCGGCCAAAUAUUAUGUGGCUAAAGGACAACGUGCCAGUGACAAAACGAGUCACAAUCAGUAACUCUGACGGCUCAUCCCAGAUGCUGAUCCCCUCGUCUGAGCGCUCUGAUUCUGGUAUCUACUCCAUUUUGGUGAAAAAUCUUGCAGGACAGGAGACAUUCAGUACAGAGGUCAGGGUCACAGAUGAUCCAAAGCCUCCUGGACCGGUAGAACUGGAUGAAAACGUGCCCGGCACAGUGACAGUGAUCUGGGAGCCUUCUCCCGAUGAGAAGCGCGAUGACCGCCUCCACUACACAGUGUCCAAGCUGGACUCUACCAAAAGCACAUGGACCACAGUGGCUGACAGACUCUUCAAUAACAAGUUCACAAUCUGCAACAUCAUGCCGGGGAGGGAAUAUCACUUCCGGGUGUAUGCCAAAAACGACAUGGGCGUAUCCGCACCGUCAGAGUCGCCAACCUGUGGGACGGAGAAGAAGAAAGAAAAAUUUGUGGUGAGCGUACCGACCAGAAAGGACUGUGAUUUGCGAUGUGCUCCAACCUUCAUUGUACCUUUGAAGCUUCACAUUGCACCCAAAGGCUAUGAAUGCUAUAUGAGCUGUGCGGUGAAGGGAAACCCCCCGCCUCGCAUCACGUGGUAUCGCAAUCACGUCAGCCUCAACACUAAUGCCAACUACUACAUCUCCAACACCUGCGGAGUUUGCUCCAUGUUGAUUCUCCUCGUAGGCCCCAAAGACAUGGGGGAGUACACCAUCGCAGCAGAGAACGCCCUCGGACGGGCCGAGUGCUCCACCGUCCUCAGUGUCAGAGAGUGAAGAAACUAAAGGCAACAACAUAUGAGCAG